AAUCAGCUCUUGAGCUUUGAACUUUGAUAAUUUUUAACCCACACUCACACAAGUGAUCAAACCAACCGCUUGCUGUAAGAAAGGACACUUGUGAUUGGUCAGAAGAGCUUCACACCCCCAUUACUUCCCCUACCUCUGUUCGAAAGUGCACUUUUUAACUUUGGGGAAAGAUUAUCUUUCCCACUUUCAGCAGUAGGUAGCAGUCCAGCACCUGACAGCAAAAUGUCUGACAAAGGAGCUUUCGACACUAAUGUGCUGACCCUUACCAGAUUUGUUUUGGAGGAGGGUAGGAAGGCCCAAGGGACAGGUGAGCUUACAACCCUGCUCAACUCCAUCUGCACAGCUGUCAAAGCCAUUUCUACUGCUGUCAGGAAGGCUGGGAUUGCUAACCUAUAUGGCAUUGCUGGGAGCACCAACGUGACGGGGGACCAGGUGAAGAAGCUGGACGUCCUGUCCAAUGACCUCGUCAUUAACAUGAUCAAGUCCUCCUUCACUUCAUGUGUACUAGUCUCUGAGGAAGAUGAAAGAGCCAUUAUCGUGGAACCAGAUAAGAGAGGGAAGUACAUUGUGUGCUUCGAUCCAUUGGAUGGGUCCUCCAACAUCGACUGUCUUGUCUCCAUCGGAACAAUCUUUGCUAUCUACAGAAAGACUACAGAUGGGGAGCCAUGUGAAAAUGAUGCUUUGCAGCCUGGCAGAAACAUUGUAGCUGCUGGUUACGCUCUGUAUGGCAGCGCCACCAUGAUGGUCCUCUCCACUGGCCAGGGAGUGAACUGCUUCAUGCUCGACCCAUCAAUUGGUGAAUUCAUCUUGGUAGACCGGGAUGUGAAGAUUAAGAAUAAGGGAAAAAUCUACAGUUUGAAUGAAGGAUAUGCACAACAUUUUUAUCCUGAUGUGACAGAGUACCUGAAAAAGAAGAAAUACCCAGAGGAUGGUUCUGCACCAUAUGGGAGCCGAUAUGUUGGUUCAAUGGUAGCAGAUGUUCACCGAACUUUGGUUUAUGGAGGGAUCUUUUUAUAUCCUGCUAAUGUCAAGAGCCCAAAGGGCAAGCUGAGGUUGCUUUAUGAGUGCAACCCCAUGUCUUUCAUCAUUGAGCAAGCUGGAGGCAUGGCCACCACUGGAUCACAGAAUGUUUUGGACAUCAAGCCCACCAACAUCCACCAGAGAGUCCCUGUCAUCCUGGGAUCUCCUGAUGACGUGAAAGAGUUUAUUUCCAUUUCCAAGAAGCAUAACAAAUAAGCAGGUUAGAUCUGGUGGUAAGAAGCAUAUCAGUCCUGCUGAGCAUUCCGUGGUUUUCCAUCAUUCUUUCUGCUGAACUGAUGAAGUCGCAAGGAGCUCCACUGGAUCUACAACCUACAACUCACACUGUGUUUAUUCCAUUUCAUCCAUUAUGACUAACCCUGUAUUUUUUAAAUUAAUAAACAAAUGGAAAUAGACUCAUUGCCAAACUUUCAUGUCGGUGUGUGGUCCCAGUCUGAAAAUUUCAGUUGUCGUGCCUCCUUUAUGCUGCAAAGAUAAUCCUUCAGAUCAGUACACUGUAAUGAUUUUAACACUUUUUUAUGGAACAUCCAAAGCUGAAUUUUGACACUGUGUUCAUACACAUUCACAUACUGAACCCAUCUGGAGACUCACAAACAUAUUCUGUUAUGGUAAUAAGAGCAAAGUCUGCUUUUUCUCAACGAGGCCUAUUUGCAACUCCUGGAAUGUAAACAUCCAGCGCCAGGAUGAGGUCUGAUUUCGCUGAUUUUGAGCUGUCUCUCCAGUUUUGAUGUAUGAACAAUGCUUUCCUUUCAUAUUGCUGCCAAGAAAAAUGAGAACAUGGCUUAUUUGAUUCCAUUCUAUUUGGAAAUAAUGGCAUUUUGGGAUGCAGGCCCAUAUAUUACGCAUUAAAUGACUUUUUUUCUUUGACAUCGAGGUAACUUCAGCCAGGGAUAAUAUGAGCUGUUCUGUUUAUUAAAACUGACCAUUGUGAAAGAAGAAUGUUUUAGUUCUUUGGAAAGAAUGGUAAUACUAUUACAACAGAAGCACAAGAAGAAGAGUGUGAUAAAUUAUUGAGAGUGUUUAACUUUCUGCAUCACAGCGUGGAAUAUAAACUGCUCUGCAGCAAAAGGUCAAUGAAAUGUCAG